UGUGCAGACAUGACAAGGAGUUCACCGAAACUGGGGUGGGUGGGGAGAUUUUAAAUCAGGCCAGACAAAAUGCAGCAAUCUCUGACAGUGUGGUUAGUCCUAUGGGUCUCACCCACGCUUCCUGCAGUUUUUGGUUUUCCAUUGGAUGAGAGGUUUGGAGAAUUGCAGUCUCCUGGUUUUCCAACUGCAUAUGGGGACAAUAUCUACUUGACCUGGAACAUCUCUGUACCUACUGGAUUUGUGAUAAAACUGUAUUUCUCACAUUUCAGCCUUGAGCCAUCCUAUCGUUGUGAAUAUGACCACAUUAAGAUCUUGAUGAAUGGGAAGCAGCUGGCCAAGCUCUGUGGUGAGACCAGCACAGAUACAGAGGAGGCUCCCGGUGACAAAAGAUUCUACUCCAUGGGGAACAACAUGACAGUGAUAUUCAGAACUGAUUACUCAAAUGAGAAGAAUUACACUGGAUUUGCUGCACAUUAUGCAGCUGUAGACAUUGAUGAGUGCGAUCAGACAGCUUUUGAAGAACCAUCCUGUGACCAUUAUUGUCACAACUACCUAGGAGGGUAUUACUGCUCCUGUAAGCCAGGUUACUUCCUAGAUUCAGAUAACAGGAUCUGCAGAGUCCUCCGCAAAGCGUAGCCAUGAAAUUGCAACCCAGAAGCCAGCCUUUGUACAUCAGACAAUGGGAAUGUAAGUUUCUGAUACCCAGAGAUACCCGACAGUAAUGCAGCU